AUGGUAAAUUUAAAAUACAACGAUUUUGCAAGGUUAUGCGACCGAAUAAAUAAACACAAAUGUAUAUGUGAUUUUAGAAUCAAUUUAUCUGGAUGUCCGGAUGAACAAUUAUAUAAAGCCGCAAUUGGAGGGUUAAUUCCCUUUACGUUAAUGAUCGUGGUAAUAUCGAUAUCAUUUCUUUACUAUCGAGUCAAAGUAAAAGGACAAUCCGUUUUUUUUCCUGCGACAAGAGAAAGAGGAAAGAUUCGUCCACGCCCACAAGAUUCGUUUCACAUCGCUGUCGGAUUAUUUAAUUUGAGUCAAAUGAUAGUGUCAAUAUUUUUACUUACGGAUACAUUUCCGAAUGUAAUGGUGGCGGAAAUAGUUGUUUAUGUGCCAAAAUUAGUCGGGUUUGCAUGUGCGACAUUAUAUCCCAUAAGUAUCAUCUAUUCCACGCCAAUAAUUAAACCCACCUCAUAUUAUUUAAGACUUCAAUGGAAUCCAAGUAAAGAUUUUAUAGAUGGACUUGCGAUGUAUUUAAUGUUGGGACCUGUCUUGACGACGAUGCCCUUAUCGGCCAUCACCGGAUAUUUUGCGGAUAUAAAUAAUCAAACUAUAGCCAAUGAUUUAUUCGUGGCUCACACAUUUGUGUGGAGUUUAUGGACGGUUCAAUAUGAUAUCACAUUAUUAUACGUUUAUUAUAAAUUAAUAUGUAUGUUAAGGGAGUACGUUAGCAUCUUAAAUAGAAGGCAAAGUAUGAGUUCUGACGUUGAUGAGAAGAUAAGAAAAUUAAAUAGCGCAUCUCACAAUCUAUCCUGGAUAGUAUUUGCCGUUUUCUUAUUAUUUUUUAUCACUAGCAUCGAAGGAAUUCUUGUUGGUAUCAUUUUCAAACAAAAAUUAAUGGUAAGAGGCAGUGAACCAACCAGACUUGCGUAUUUCGUUUCUUGGAAUUUCACGGCACCGGUUUGCACUUUUAUAGGGCAAAUAGUAUUCCUUUAUGAUACAAUAGUGAAUAAAAAAUCACCUCAAAAUAAUGGUAAUGUCAAUAAUUUUCGGAAUAAUCUUGCAUUACCUUUUGAACCAAAACCUUCCCCGGUAAUUUCACCAAGUAUUGAAAUUGCAAACAUAAGUUGUCGCAGCUCUGUAUUAACUAACUUUGCUCAACAGAGUAAAGCAACUGAAAGUUCAACCGCAUUAUAUAGUUCACAUGCCUCAUAUCCAUCUAUGGUUACCGAUAACAGUAAACAUAUUAAACAUAAUAAUUCAAUAACUUUGGAUGGAAAUGCGACUAUGUCUUCAACGAUGGAUCAAAGGUAUCAAGUCACUUUAUUAAGUUCGGAUUUUGAAGAAGAAAAUGAAUAUAUGGUUGAUGAUGAAGAAAGUUUUGAUGCGAGAAAUUCUUGGUUAAGUAAGAAACCA